GUUGCAGCCUGUCGGAAGCAAAAGCAAACAAGACUUCAUUUCUUUUCCAGACUCUCACACAGUGCGAGCAUCAUCCUCGACUAGCUAGUCAGCCAGCUAGCUUGUUACCAGUGCCUUUAGCCCAAGAUGCCUCAGCAGAGGAAUUGGGCUACAGAGACGCCCAAGGCAACGAACCGCCUAAAGGCCAAGUUUGGUGCCAAGAAACCUGGUUUGCCCAUUGGAGAUGGACCAGGAUACUCUCAGACCGGUACGCCCCGACAAACCAAUAGAAAUAGAGGACUCACGGGUAGUGGUACAGCACGAGGUAGCAACAAUCGAGGCUUGUAUGGAAGUAGCACCAGCAGCAAUGGUUUUUCGGUGAACGAUGCCGAAGAAGACGAGUAUGCUUCGGAGAUAGACUUUAGCGAAAGCAAUGUCAGCGACAGUGAAGCCAGCGAGAGUGAAGCCAGUGAACGUUUUGACGACGAAUACGAUGCCUCGGGACGUCAGUCCUAUACCAGCAACAGUGUGAUUGAGUUCACGGGGAUGGAAGAAGUCCAAAAUGCCGAACGAAAACGCCAAGCUGCUGCUAUGGGAACGUCAACCGGCAGUCCACAAGCACCCAAUCGGCCAGGAGGAGAUGAUUUACUUCGACAAUACAUGGGAGUUUUGCAUGGGAGUGGAAGAGGACCAGCUGGAAUGGCGAGCAGCAGAGACAACAGCACCCGCAGCAGAGAAGAUGACUCCUCGCUCAAUGGAAUGGAAGGGAAGAUAUCCAAAGGGCUCUCCAGUCAUGGACGGAGUGAUUUCAUUCUGAACCAGAGCAUGUCCGAUGUGAGUGUAGGGACCCGCUCCACAAGACAAUCCCGUCGUGAGGCUGUCAUGGUGGCACAGAGACUGAACUUCUUGGAAGACGAUCCAGCCGAAAUGACGUACUCGCGCCAGAUUGCACUUCACUUGAUGCACAAAUACAAGUGGUACAACCCAAGGCUAGGAGAGACACACGAAAGCUUUGACGAGUGCGAGUCUUCUCAAUUGGGAGGGGCUUUCCGAACGGCCGAUGGAUACCCUAUGAGGACGGUCAAACCAGAAAAUCCUUCCUUGGAGAAUGCUUGGGCCUACUUUGAGCAUUUCACUCUGACAAGAUAUGUAUACGAACCAAAGCCACUGACCCAGAAAACUAGAUGGGAGAGGAUAGUCAGAAAAUUCCAAAAGGGAAACAAGGAACUGGAGCGAGCCGAACGCAACGAAAACAUCUUGCCCACGAAACUAUAUGAUCCCAUUUGGACACCACACAAUCAACUCGGGGAUUGGGGAAUCGGAUGGGGGCUCUAUUUUGCAUCCGUUCGUGGUGUUAUGGUACUUUGUUUGGUUGCUGGUUUCUGUAGCAUUCCAAACAUGAUCUUCUUUUCGAGUGAGGCAUAUUCUGGUGGCCAGGAAGAUGCCCCACCCUUGCUCGCGGCAAGUGCAAUUUGCACCGAUACUGAUUGGGUGCCGUGUCCCAGAUGCGCAGGGUUAUCGCGCAGACAGGUGCCCUUGGAGCGACUGGCCUUUGUAGAGAGCAUUCCUCUGGGUCGCAAUCUGACUUUUGCGAUGAAGAACAAUUGUUACGGAACCACGCUGCAGGCUGGAAUGCUUCAUUUCGGCAUUUUGUGCGUUGUCUUGCUUGGACUUUUCAUGUUAAACCGCUACCUUAUGAUGAUGGAGGCCAUUUACGAUGGAGAUGAACAAUCCGCACAGCAUUACACCGUCGUGAUUAAAAACCCACCAGAUGAUGCUACUGAUACAGACGAAUGGCGAAACUUCUUCUUGAAAAACCUUGGGGUGGCACACGUCGUUGCUGUCACCGUGUCUGUAGAUAACGAUGAUUUGGUGAAAAAGAUUGUGGAAAGAAGGGAAAACAUGAAAAUGAUGGAGCUGUUGUUGGAUCCGGGAACCGUUUUGGAAAUGAAUGUGUUGGCCGGAAUUGCCGCAAAAGUCGACAGAACGCGGGGCGCAAUGGAUAGCUUCGUGUCGCUGUUCCUUCCGGGGAUCCCAGAGCUGUUUCGGCGGAUCGUGAUCUUGACAAUUGACAUUCGUGGGUUAGCGCAGCAUGACUACCCGGCUACCAAAGUGUUUGUUACUUUUGAGACCGAGGCCGAUCAACGCCGCGUUGUGGAAGAAAUGGCCGUUGGGAAGUUCUAUGUUCAAAGCGACGACAAGACCGUCGUGAAGGAUCCCAAGUAUUUAUUUCGCGGUGAACACAUGUUGUACGUGCACGAACCGCUUGAGGAGCCGAAUUCCUACAGAUGGAUCAGCAUGAAUGAACGAAUGGUAGAUCGGUUGUGGCAGCAAAUAUUGACAACAAUCGCUACAAUGGCUUCUAUCAUGCUGGUUGCCUUCAUUGUUCGAAUUGUGCAUGACUGGAGCAGUCUGUGGUCCGCAUUGGCGAUUUCUUUGUUCAAUGGUGCCUUCCCAGAGUUCGCAAAGAUUCUAGUGAAGUUUGAAGGGCACAGCACCGAAGCAGCUGUGCAAACUUCAAUGUACAUUAAGAUCUGUCUGUUUCGUUGGGUAAACACUGCUGUGGUGAUCACAAUGAUUACCCCCUUUACAAACACGCUAUUUCCGGAAGCAGGAGGACUUAUUACCCAGAUCUAUGCACUCUUCUUCACUGAAAUCUUCACCAUGAAUGUGAUCCAACUAUCUGAUCCUUAUGGGCACCUUAUGCGCCACUUCUUUGCUCCGAGGGCAAAAACUCAAGAUGAAAUGAACUUGCAAAUGAAAGGCCUUGAGGUCGAACUGGCUGAGCGAUACACCAACAUGACGAAGAUCUUCUUCCUGGCGUUAUGGUACAGCUCUGUUUACCCUUUUGGUUUCUUCAUGGCUUCCUUCGCCUUGUUCAUCAACUAUUUCACAGAUCGACACAGCCUCAUGAGAACUUGGAAGAGAGCCCCACCGCUGGGUCCUGGGAUCUCUGAAUUCAGUCGCAGAUAUUUCGUUACCAUGUCCUUUCUUGCUAUGGCAUUGAUGUCCUCUUAUUUCUGGGCUUCCUACCCCUACGACAAUCUCUGCCCCAAUGACAAACCAUCACCACCUGUUUUCUGGGGCAGCUUUAACAUAACAAGGUUCAGCGCACCCCACGAAGAAAUCCCUGUGAAUGUCACAGAUGAAACCAUCUCAUAUAGAUACUGCAACCAGGAUAUGCUAAGAAGUGGCGGACGAAGCUUCCCAUUUCUUCCUUCUCAACAGCCACCUGGGGAUGAGUGGAUGACAGAAGAGCAAGAAACUGUCACUGCUGUGUAUGGGUGGGCUGCAGUUGGAGCCAUUUUUUUUACACUUGCCGUGUUCGUUCAAGGAUGGGUAGAGCAGCUGCAGAAGUUUGUUUGGGGGGAGACAAAGAACUUGAUGGAAGAUCAGAGAAUCAAUUUCAGCGACGUGACAAACAUAUCGGCUUAUAUUCCUCAAGUGCCUAGCGAUGUCUUUUCGUAUCCGCUGUUUGUUUGCAACAUGGAUGACAUUGGCGAGGAAGUGAUUGACUGGAGAGACCCACGUCGUCCGCAUGCCUUUUACGAUCUUACCAAAGAUGCUGAAAAGAUUCUCGAAGGCAUCGACAUUGGUGACAAGGUGAUAUUUUCGCAGAUGAAACACUGGCCACCAAUGAUGAACAACAGCGCAAGCUUUGAUGAUUCGUUGUUGGGCAGGAAAAUGCUGGAUGAAGAAGACUUGUCGGAUUCCGAUGACUCGUUGGACUAUGAAGGAGGAUCUAAAGAGUUUCUGAAGCAGAUGAAACAAUGGUCAAAAAAUUAAUCCAUCUUAGUGGCCUUUCCAGCAGCAAAUAUUGAGAUUUGUGUCAGUGCAUAUGUAUGGUAGGGACGUAUAGCGAUGUCAGCCAUGCAGCCGCAGCAGGCCAGGGCACGACUGUUCCUGGUACCUAGAUGGACUGAUCGAGGAUAGAAGAGGGAUCUGCCAGGGGGGUUUUGGACAAAGAAAUCCAGUCACUCUAAACAAUGUCUAGCUUGGUCUUGAUCCUUCAGUCAUUCUUGCAAACUCCAAGGGGUUCAUCCCCAUA